AUUUUUAUACAAUUAUUACUUCAUUUCAACGUAAAAUAUAUAUAUUUUUAUUUAUUAGCUUAUAUUGUAAUUAAUAUUACUGUAUAAUUUUACAAAUACUUUAUAACAAACGGUCAUGGAUACAUUGUAUAUUGGAGAUUUAGAAAAUCGUUGUCGAACUUGUUUAAACAAUACAACGAAUAAAAUGCACGAUAUUUUCGCUGAAAAAAGUGAUGCUACUAAUGCUGCUGAAAUGUUGACGUCAUGCACAUCAAUAAUGGUGAACCAGGACGAUCCUUUACCAAAGAGGCUGUGUGGGAGUUGUUAUAACUGUCUCGUAAGCUUCUAUGACUUUAGAAAACUAGCUGAAAAGGUAGACACACAACUGAGGCAACAAUUGAGUAGUAUUACAUCUCUGGGCGGUGAGGAUGCAAUGUUAGACAUUAAAGUUGAAAAUGAUCUCGCUGACACGAGCGCCGAUUACGAUUUGCUGGAUGACGAUGAUACUGGACUAGUGAAACAGGAGUUUGAAAAUCAUAAUUCAGAUGAAAUGUCUAAACCGUUUUUGUGUGAUAUAUGUUAUCAAUCUUUUGAUAGCUCCAUUCUAUUGGAGACACACAGUCAGACACAUAUAAACGAUACGAAACUAAAGUGUGACAUAUGCAACAUGAGUUUCGUCAAACAAUCUAAGUUAGAACAACACAGACUUAAGCAUAACAAAAGCAAGUUGUACACUUGUAAUUUCUGCUCCGAAACAUUUAAGCAUCACUAUAAGUAUGUAAAACAUUUGAUCACUCAUGGUGAAGAUGUGAAAAGUAGAUCGUUUAUGACAGAAAUUAACCAGAAUGCAAACCAAAGUUUCCAAUGUGGUGUAUGUUCCACUAGCUUUAAGUCAACACAUUCCCUCGCAGCACACAUGCGAAAGCACACAAAAAAAGAUAGGGUGUUGUCUUGUUCUAUAUGUAGUAAAGUGUUUAAAAAAACUAGUCAUUUGAAGAGACAUGAACUAUCACAUGAAAAUAAUAGACCGUUCAAAUGUACUCAAUGUUCCAAAUCAUUUAUAUCAGAUAGCCAUCUGGCCGAACAUAUGAAUAAACACAAUGGUGUGAAGCCACAUGCCUGUCCAAUCUGCAGGAAAUCUUUUUCCCAUUUGUCAACAUUGACUUCACAUAUAAAAAUACACACAAGGGAGAAACCACAUUUAUGUCCAACAUGUGGGAAAAGAUUUGAUUCUACCACAAACCUAAAUCAGCAUAUAAAGAGGCAUAUUGGACUUAAGACAUUUGCUUGUAACUUGUGUCCUAGGACAUUUGUAAGUAAAGGAGAGCUGAAGUCUCAUGGGAUAACACAUACUGGGAUACGUUCCUACACAUGUGACCAGUGUGGUUCAUCAUUCACUAAAAGCAGUUCACUUUGCAAACACAAGUUGAACCAUUUGGGUGUAAAACCAUAUCAGUGUGAUGUUUGUCCUAUGAAGUUCGUUGGUAAAGAGCAUCUGAAACGGCACUAUCGUAUACACACCGGCGAGAAACCAUACGGAUGUGAUAUGUGCGACCGUGCAUUUACACAGAGCAAUGAUUUAGUCAAACAUCGCCGGGCACAUUUAGGUGACAAAUUGUAUAGAUGUGCAGAAUGUUCAGAAUCUUUUCGUCUCAAAAGCGAGUUGCGACAACACGUAUCUGAACAUUUCAUCUCUCGCCGGCUACAAGCAUUAAAUGUGAAGUCAUCCGAAGUUAGCGAUGCGUCUACUAAUAACGAAACAGAACUUAAUAGUACAAACAUAGCUAUUGGUGAUGAUGUGACCACUGAAAGUGAGAACAUGGCGAUUAUACAGAACGGAGCACUAUUAGCCGAUAGAAAUGAGAAGUAAUUUGAAUAUGGAAAUCUAUUUUAUUUACAAAUUUAAUUUAAGUAUCACAAUAUUAUAUGUAAUGUAUUUUAUAUAAUUUUAAUGUAAAUAUCCAAUUUGUUUUGUAUAAAUGGUUAGUAAUUUAUAUUGUUUGGUCAAAUAUAACUUAUGGCUAUGGUAUUUUGUUCAUUUUAUUAUUUGAUCUAUUCUGGUCUACUUUGGAAACUAGUUCUGAUCCAGUGAUAUUGGCUUUUCAUCCUUCUAUACUGUUAUUAUUAUAACGUAUCCAUCUUCUUGAAUAAUUAUUGCAACGUAAUAACACUAUAAUCCUUAUUUUGGGAAGGAACUGACUCCUGAUAUCCAGCUCACGCUAGUUUGGGAGUCAGGACUCCAUCAAAAUAAAUAAAAAAAAAAAUUCCAUAUAUUGAGUAAUGAAAAAACGAAUUAACAUUGUUAUCGGAUUUUUAAGUUUAAUCUUUAUUGCGUUUCUGUGUAACAAUACAUAACUGUAUUAGAUUGAAGACACUUCAGUUAGAGUCCAGAGUAGAUGUGCUGAUAGAAUUACUUUUAAUACAAUAAAAAAAGUAAUUAUAUAAUGAACUCCUAAUAGUUAAUUAAGAACACAAUUUUGAUCAAAUGUUUGUCUCCAAUAUU